AUGCGCGUCUCCCUGUCGAGGCUGUCUGCGGCCAUCCAGGUUCCCGACCACCUGAAGCUCGUCAGCCAGCAGCUCACUCUCCCGAUGGCGUCGGGCCGCUGCAUGAUCAUCGGGCAGCCGAGCUUCAAGUACCCGAUCGCUGUGAUCCCGCCGCCACCCGAGGUGGCGCCGCUGCUGGCUGCCAUCCGCUCGUGCGACGUCCGCCCCUUCCGCAUCAUCUCCUACGUCGAGGAGUCUGGCCGCGCCUUCAACUGCUCAUUCUUCAACGACGAGGCGCACAUGCGCGGCUGGAUCGAGUGGCUGUCCGACAACGCCCUCACUGCCGGCAGCCAAUUCCACGAAUGCGUGCGCAGCGCGAUGCCCGAGGACGAGCCGCUGCCGACCGCGGAGACGCUGCUUUUUGGCCGCGGCACGGACGUGCUCACCGACACGCGCUUCGGCGAGUACCAGGUCGGGAUGUCCAUCUCCUUCUCGCGGCAGGUGCCUCUCGGGCCGGAUGAGUAUGCCGAGAUGUGCGAGGUAGCGGCGUCGAGAGAGUUCGAGCUCCGCAUCGCGCGGUGCAUGGAGGAGAGAAAUGUCGACUACUUUGGCCGGCUCGCCAUGCUCGAGGACCCACGGGCGGCCGCGGAGAGAGGCUCCCCCCCCGCCCUCAUCACGGCGCUGCGCUACGGCUCGAUUGACGACGCGAGGCGCGGCACGGCAGUGGUGCGUGAGCGCAUGGGCGUCGAGCUCGGGCGCUGGUUCGGCGGCGGGCACACCUCGCUACUGGGCACGGCGACGCAGGUCCUCGAGCUCUGA